AUGACGGACGUGCAGUACGCCGAUAUCGACGACGGUCAUUCGUUCCUUGGCAUCCCUCGAUUCUACCGACACAGUUUAGAAGUGGUGAAGAGGGCGGUUCGCGACUGGAACCACGAGACGAACCACAUUUCCUUCGCAGUGCAUUUCGGCGACCUCGUCGACGGACUCUGCCCUCGCGAAAAAUCGCUCGAGGCAUUUCAAACGGUUCUGGGCGAGUUCGGCAAGUUGUCCAACGGACCCGUGUACCACAUGCUAGGCAACCACUGCCUGUACAAUCUUCCCCGGAAAACCCUCAACAAGCUGCUUGCCAUGCCGCCCUCCGCCGACCACCGCUCCUACUACCACUUCUCCCCCUUCCCCGGCUUCCGCCUCGUCGUUCUCGACCCGUACGACAUCAGCAUGAUCGGCUGGCCGUCCGGCCACCCGCACGCUGAGCUGGCAGCGGAGAUUCUCGGGCGGCAGAAUCCCAACGAGGAGAAGAACAGCCCGGAGGGGAUGGUGGGGAUGCAGCGGCGGUUUUUGAAGUUCAAUGGGGGAGUGAGUGAGACGCAGCUGGGGUGGCUGGAGGGGGUGUUGAGGGAGAGCGAUGAGUGUGGGGAGACGGUGAUCAUCUGCUGUCACCUGCCUGUGGAGCCCAACGCUCUUCCCACCUCCACGUGCCUCAUUUGGAACUAUGACAAGGUUCUCGCGACCAUUCAGCAGCAUGACUGUGCGGUGGCGGUCAUUUCCGGCCACGCACACUUUGGAGCAUACACCUGCGACGACAAGGGCAUUCACCACCGGAUUCUUGAGGCGGAACCUCAGCCUUCGGCCAGAUUGAUGUGUAUCCUGAUCGCCUCUGUCUCAUCGGUCAUGAUCGCAUGA